UCCUGAAUCAAAGAAAACCAAGAAUCAUGGCAGAAACAAGAUCAUUGAUACCACCAGCACAAUCACCUCAUGUACUCAUAUUCCCCUUUCCAGCACAAGGCCAUAUCAACUCUAUGCUCAAAUUAGCUGAGAUUCUCUGCCUAUCGGGAAUUAACGUGACCUUUGUCAACACCAAACAAAAUCAGUUACGGCAACUUAGUUUUGGCAAUCUUCAUUCCCGUUUCAGCAAAUUUCCAGGAUUCUGUUUCGAAACCGUUCCAGACGGUCUUUCUGAAGAUCAACAUCCCUCUGCUGGUUUCUAUAGUUCUCAAGACUUGAUUACAGAUAUGUUUAAUCGAGUGGAAAAUGUUAUCAGACCGGGUUUUCGAGAAUUAGUUACUUCAAAUCGCUUCAAAUCUCAUGCACGUGGGCAAGUUUCUUGUAUCAUAGCAGAUGGUGUUUUUGGUUUUGCAAUUGAUGUUGCUGAAGAUCUGGGAAUUCCAUCCAUUUCUUUCCGUUGCAUCAGUGCUUGUUGCACCUGGAUAUUUUUCUGUACCCCGAAACUUGUAGAAUAUGGUGACAUACCAUUUAAAGUUUUUGCAGACGAAGAUAUGGAUCGACUAGUAAAGAGUGUCCCAGAGAUGGAAUGCUUUCUCCGGUGCAGAGAUUUACCAAGUUUCUAUAGAGCUAAAGAGGUCAACCAUCCGAUUUUGGAAUUUGUGAAUACUGCAACAUUAUAUUCAAUUAGAGCCACGGCUCACAUACUUAAUACAUUCGACGAUAUUGAAGCUCCAGUUCUCUCGCACUUGAUGUCUUACUGGCCAAAGCUAUACACAGUUGGACCUCUUAAUGCUCUGUUGAAUACCAGUUCGAGAUACUCAACUUAUGCAAUUGAAAUAUAUAAUCAAAGCUUACAAGGAAUUAGAUAGAUAUAUGAAUUGCACAACCUAAUUAACAAAGAACAAUCUUCUUACUGUGGCAACAACUAUAAUUAACAUGCAAGGGUAACCAAUUUGGAGGUA